AUGGCAGAUGGUGGUGGAGAAGCAGACACAGAGAACAGGCCCGUGCCAGACGCAGGAGACUUCGACACAUACGUGAAGGAGUUAGGAAGGUGGGCCUUGUACGAUUACAGCGGCAUACGCAAGCCGCUGAGUGACGACGAGAUGCGGAGCUUGUUCCACCACCACCAACGGACUCGCAGCAAGCCAGUCGCGGUGACGCGGACCGUGACACUGAAUUCGCUGGACAACGCGUGGACGUCGUUCGCGAACCGCUGGAACACUGAUGGCGCCACUAGGUUCAUCCCCUCCCUUGAAAGACGCGAAGCGGAGCAUGAAGCGCGCUGGCAAGGCGAGUUCACAAGGUAG